AUGACACAAACAAAUCAAAUUCGUCCAUCAAAUUCAUCUUGGUCAUCUCCAGUCAUUAUUCACAAGAAAAAGGAUGGUGGUAUUCGAUUUUUAGUGGAUUAUCGAAAAUUAAAUUCGGUGACCAAAAAAGAUUGCUUUCCUCAACCAACAACGGAGGAAUUAUUGCAUCGAUUAGGUGGUCAUCGUUUUUAUACAAAAUUAGAUCUUAGAUCAGGUUAUUUUCAGCUUCCCAUACAUGAAACAGAUAAAGAAAAAACAGCUUGUAUCACACAAGAUGGUUUAUGGGAGUUCAACGUUCUUCCACAGGGUAUUAUGAAUGGACCACCAACUUUUCAAAGAACUAUGCACAAUCUUCUUGGUUAUGGCCGCUGGGAUUAUGUUAUGGUUUAUUUAGAUGAUAUUUUGAUAUUUUCCCAUACAUUCAAUGAACAUAAACACCAUUUAAACGAAAUUCUGUCAAUAUUAGCUAAAGCCAACUUUCAAGUUAAUACUGAUAAAUGUUCCAUUGCUGUUCAAGAAAUCGAUUUUUUAAGCCAUACAAUCAAUGAACAAUGCAUUAAACCUAAUGGUGAUAAAAUUAAAGCUAUUGUCGAUUUACCAACUCCAAAAACACUUAAAGAAGCAAAUGAAUUUUUAGGAAAAAUUAAUUGGUAUCGAAAGUUUAUUCCUAAUUUNCCAGCUCCUACUACUAUUAGCCGAAGUAUUGAUAAAAUAUAUGAAUUUUAUAAGCAACAACUGAUAAAAUUUUGUAAAUCCAUGGAUAGUUUUUGUGUAAUUGUGGAUUUUUGGUGUGAAUCAUUCACAGGUAGGGCAGAUCUUUUAUGUUGCCAAGAAAAAACAUUCUUUUUUUACGUUUUAUUAUCAGGUUUAUCAUAUUGUGGUAUAUCACUGAGUCAUAUUGAUCAAGAAUUUCAAUCAUAUAUGUUUUCACUCGGCUGUUUUCCAUACGAAAUGGAAAAUAAAUAUGCAUCUACUAUUCGUUUUUUUGUUAAUGGUACAUUAAAAACUUUCGGUUUAGCAUUGGAUUCAGAAAAAUUUGUUGUGACUGACAAUGAACCAACAAUGACAUGUACUUUCAAUACAGAUUGUAAACGUAUAGGAUGUAGCGAUCAUUACAUCAACAAACAACUUCAACAUACGUUUACAACAAAAACAAUUGAUGGAAAAUUAGUUGAUUGUGAUAUAGCACAAGAACUUUUCAAUAAUGUUAAAAUUAUUGUUUCAAAUAUUCGUCGAUCACAUAAACAACAAAACUUAUCUAAAAAAUUAAUUUUAUACUCAGAUACACGUUUUAAUGGAGCAUAUGCAAUGUUAAAUGUAUUUUCAAGUAUUUUUGAUGAAUUAGUUCAAAUAUUAGAUUCGAAAUUAUUAACAACUUAUUCUCGUAUAAAUGAUGAUUUUUUGCUUGAUAUAUGCAGAUUUUUAUUACCAUUUGAUACAGUUAUUAAAGGUUUAAGUGAUGAUCGACGACCGACACUCCAUCGUGUGUUACCAUUCAAACAGUAUUUGAUCAAAAAAUGUGAAAUUGAUAAUGAUGAUAAUGAAGGUUUCAAACAAGUAAAAUGCUUCUUGGGCAAACGUUUGGAUGAAAAAUGGGAACUAACCGAUGAACAUCUUAUUGCGGCAGUACUUCAUCCAAACAAUAAACAUUUACAUAAAAGUCCUCAUUUGAAAGAACGUGCAAUACUUUUAUUAAAACAAGAAAUGUUUAAACGUCAUGACCGUUUUUCAUCUACAACUACAUCAACUGUUGCCGGUUUACCAGAUACAUCAUCAACAACUUCAUCCACAUGUUCAUCAUCAAUAUCCUCCACAUCAGUUACAAAAUCUGUUUGUUUAGAUGCACGAGAUAUUUUAUUAAUGGAAGUAUUAGACAAACCACCUUCAGUACCAGAAAAAAAAUCAUGUUGA